AUGCCUCGCUUUCCGAUUUUCGACUGCUAUGCUACCCUCGAGGUAGCACGCACUGCAGCUGAGCAGGAGAUCACUGCCGCCUACCGUCGCUUAGCUCUUAUUCACCACCCAGAUAAGAACCCCAGUAACGCUGAAGCCGCCACAGCAACCUUUCAGAAAAUCCAAAUUGCAUACGAGAUUCUUCAUGACCCAUCUAAUCGUUCUCAUUAUGACCUUCACAUAGCUUCUCAGAACGCCACUACACCUUCCCGGCCCGAACCAACAGCGCGAUCGAAUUCUCCGGAUUGGGUUGAUCUUGAUGACGAUGAUGAUGAUUGGAUAUACAACAAUAUAUUCCCUUACAUCUUCCGCUACAUUUUUGGAGACGGGGUUCGACAACCAUAUUAUCCGGGAUUUUUUGACAGAGAUAAUGUCUUCAGUCAGUUUCAGCGGGAGAGGCGAGAGCAACGUGAAAGGGUCAACGAGGAGACUCGUAUGCGAAGAAUGGCUGAGGAAGCACGCAAAAAAGCUCGAGAAGACGAGAAAAAAUCCCAAGAAGAGAUGAAAGCCAAGCAAAAAGAAGACGAACGAACUACCGAAAAAUCCAACCAAGAAAUGCGUUGGAAAAAGCUCAACGCCAUCACCAAGGAUGAGAAGGCACAAGCUUGUCUCCACUCUGGGUUCUGCAGCAAGAUCCAGCAGUCCAAGAAGUUCAAAUGCGGCGCUUGUCAUGUGAAACGAGGCAUUAUAGCUUUCGAGUGUCCGUAUUGUUUGUUGCACAUCUGCCAGCAGUGCGUGUCUGACUUUGCCAAGAAGCGCUCCUUGGCCUUGAUGCAGGAUAGCUCUAAGCCUCAAGUCGAUCCUAAGUCAACGGCUAAGCCAGAGCCAGAGACUAAAUUCGGGCCCGGGGCCGAAUCAUCAACUCAAGCGAAGGGCGGACGUCACAACAAGGGACCCAACGCUCAAUUUAAGGGUGGCAAAGGCCACAAAAAGAACGGGUACCAGAAGAAAUAA